GAAAACGUCGCCAUAGUAUGUUUCGUAAUUUCGUACACUAGACAAGGCAAGCUAGGUGCUCCUCUAAAGGAGCGCUUUACUUAACAGUAUUUCAUGCUUUUAUCGCAAGAAAUGGUCCUCGUUUAGGUUAUGGCAUUAUUUGUUUUUAAUUCGGCGUCAAAGAUGGUGUCGUCUCCGUUAGUAAUAGUACAUUUUAUUCUCAUCUGCGUCACUUUGCAUUGUAACAAUCUGGCCGAGGCUAAAACGAAUCCCAGACCGAAUAUUGUUUUAAUCCUGACUGAUGAUCUGGAUGUCUCCAUCGGGGGAAUGAUCCCUUUAGUGAAGACUAAAAAGCUGAUUGGUGAUGCUGGGAUAACCUUUACAAACACGUUUGUCGCCAGUCCCCUUUGCUGUCCCAGCCGGGCGAGUAUCCUGACAGGCAAAUAUCCUCAUAACCAUCAUGUGGUCAACAACACGCUGGAGGGCAACUGCAGCAGCACUGCAUGGCAGAAGACCCAAGAGCCUGAGACUUUCCCUGCCUUCCUUCAGAAACACGGCAUCUAUCAGACCUUUUUUGCUGGGAAGUAUCUGAAUGAGUAUGGGAAUAAAAAAGCAGGGGGAGUGGAGCACGUUCCUCCAGGCUGGGAUCACUGGUUCGCCUUGGAGAGAAACUCUAAAUACUACAACUACACGCUGUCUGUAAACGGCAGGGCGCAGCGGCAUGGACAGAACUACAGUGAAGAUUACCUUACAGAUGUUCUGGCCAAUAUUUCUAUCGACUUUUUGGAAAACAAGUCUAACCGCAGGCCUUUCUUCAUGAUGGUGUCCACACCGGCCCCGCACUCACCCUGGACGGCCGCUCCUCAAUACGAGAGCAGUUUUCCCAACAUUAAAGCUCCAAGAGACCCUAACUUUAACAUACACGGAAAGGACAAGCACUGGCUCAUCAGACAAGCAAAGACACCCAUGUCGAACUCUUCAGUGGAGUACCUAGAUAAUGCCUACAGAAAACGGUGGCGCACUUUACUAUCAGUAGACGACCUAGUGGAAAAGGUGGUGAGAAAGUUGGAGGUCAGAGGAGAGCUUAGCAACACCUACGUCAUUUUCACGUCUGACAAUGGAUACCACACAGGCCAGUUUUCUCUUCCAAUGGAUAAGAGGCAACUCUAUGAAUUUGAUAUCAGAGUUCCUCUGCUGGUUCGAGGACCUAAUAUCAAACCCAACCAGACAAGCCCGUUACUUAUAGCAAAUGUGGAUUUGGGCCCAACAAUUCUUGAUAUCGCAGGAUACAAUGUCAAUGAAACUCAGAUGGAUGGGAUGUCAUUUCUUCCUAUCCUGACUGGUAAAGGGAACAGCAGCAUGUGGAGAUCUGAUGUACUGGUGGAAUAUGAGGGAGAAGGAAGCAACAUCUCAGACCCAGCCUGCCCUCUGCUGGGCCCCGGGGUCUCGGAGUGUUUCCCCGACUGUGUGUGCGAAGAUUCAUACAAUAACACGUACGCCUGCGUUCGCACGGUGUCACAGGCCGCCAACUUACAGUACUGUGAAUUUGAUGAUAAUGAGGUGUUUGUGGAGGUCUAUAACCUGACAGCAGACCCGUUUCAGCUGAGUAACAUCGCCAAGAGCAUCGAUCAGGAAGUCCUGGAGAAAAUGAACCACCGUCUAAUGAUGCUGCAGUCCUGCUCGGGACAAUCCUGCAGAACGCCAGGCGUCUACGACUCGCAGUUUAGAUUUGAUCCUCGGUUAAUGUUCAGCAGCCUCAUGCCUCACAGAAACAAACGACGACAGACGUUGAAGUAGACCUUGGAGAAAUUUACAGGAAGAAGACAAAUGGAGGGAAAGAAUAAAGGGCACUGAAAAACAAGCCCUGUUGUUGCCUUUAUAUCCUGACGUUCCCCCAAAGACGCCCAGUCUCUCCUCUUCUGAUGAGGUCAUCAGGGUACGCACGGGAUACCAAACACACCACAGACACUUUCAGAUGGGACGACCCUCAUCCCCUCCAGCCCUCAUUCACAUCAGAUCCUCACAAACUGCCAGCUGACACACAUCAGUGAGAGCAUUCACAUCAUAUUCUUCUUUAUUCUCAAUUAAUGUUCAGUUUUGCUGCUUUAACAAUAAUGCAGAAUAUUGUCUUUAUUUUAAUGUUUGGAAGAUUCUGUUUUACUUUUGCUUUAAAACACAUGCACAGUUUUGAACUUAAGCUCGAAUUUUGUAAUGCACUCGCAAAUUGUUGGAAUAUUUGUUUGUUUGCCAGAUGUGUCUGAAACAUUUCACUCCACAUGUUCGGUUAUAAAAAAUGGUAAUAAUCUCACACACUAAGCCUGCCUUUUAUAAUAAACAGUGCAAGCUUGUUUUUGGCGACAGGAUAAAAGAAUUACAAAAAGGUAAUGGCAACAUUUUCAUCUCACAAUUUAAACUUUUUUUUUCCUCUCUCUCUGAAUUGUGAGACAUAAACUCAAAAUUGCAAUCAAUUCUUAGAAAACUUCUCAGAUAAACUUUUUUUAUUCUGUAAUAGAUACAAAAAAAUAAACAGAAUUCUGAGAAUUCUCGGAAUUAUGAGACAAAAAUCAGAAUUCUAAAUUGACAUCUCACAAUUCUGAUUUUGUUUUUCCCUCAGAAUUGUGAGAUGUCAAUUUAGAAUUCUGAUUUUUGUCUCAUAAUUCCAGGAAUUCUCAGAAUUUUUUUUUUUUUUUGUUUCUAUCACAGAAUAAAAAAUAAGUAAUUUGUACUCACAAUACAGUUCCGUUUUUUUUUUUUUGUUUUUUUUUUGUAAUUGCGAAUUUUUGCAAUUCAUGCCUUUGUACUUUACAGUUCUUUUUUCUUGUAAUUGCAAUUUUCUGUAAUUAACGCAAGUUAUAAACUCACCAUUUUUUCUCAGAAUUGUGAGUUUAUAUCUUGCAAUUCUGUCCAUAUUGUGAGACCAUUUUUGUUAUUUUAUCCCAUAGCCAAAAUGGACAUGCAUAUGAUAGUGAACUAUAAUACUUUUAAAACACAAUAUACCUUAUUAUAUAAAAACAUCCUCUCACUUUUUCGGUUCGUGUCACAUGCAUACGGCAGCGCACAAUCUGUGUUUGGAAAGACAUUUCGCUCGAGUUAUACCACGACUAACUGAUUCAAUAACUAAGUGCAAAUAUUGUAUUUAACAUUUCAUUGUUUUUUAAAUGUUUUCUGAGUUUUGUGUUUGAUGGAUGUCAGUUGUGAAUGAGCUAAAGGUGUGGAUCGCAGCAGGUCAUUAAUGAACCCGUAUGUUUCAUUAGAACAUAUUUUUGGUUCUAUGAGGGAAAUCCUGUGGUGAGUUGCUGUUGUUUUGCUCUCACUUACAGCAACCCAAACUUGAGGCAUUAAGGGAUUGUUUUACUUUCAGACUACUACCUAACCUUCAUCAAUCUUCUGCUGGGAUUGGCAAUAUCUCAAAUCACCUAAAAUGAUCUGAGAGGCGGCGGACAGGCAUAAGCAGAUCUUUCUCACAGUACUUCAAUAUAUCCGUUCAGUGAAGCACUUUCCAGUCUGUGAUCAACAUGUCUGACAUGUUUAAUGAUGUUUUGCACAUAAUUCUUUCAUUAUAUUUGUUAGUAGCAUUGCUAUGGUUGGUGUGGACUUUUGUCUUGCGUGUUUGAUUGAUAAAAGCAUUCUGAAAUUA